CCAUAAUAGUCACAACUUUGAAGCAAUAUACCACACCUAAAGAAUAAACAAAUUAAACUACGUGCGGAUAUAUUAUAUGGUUUUCCCCAUCUUCAUAUGAUGGAGACACAAAAGAAGGUUGGGAAUGGGAUAAAGGUUUUGAUGUUCCCAUGGCUGGCCGUGGGACACAUCACCCCCUUCUUUGAGUUUGCCAAGAAACUCUCCCAAAGAGGCUUUCAUGUCCACCUUCUCUCCACUCCCAUAAGCCUUACUUUCAUACAUAACACCCACUCUUCAAUCCACCUUGUGGAGCUUCACUUGCCGGAAUCCCCGGAACUCCCGCCUCACCGCCACACCACCAACGGCCUCCCGCCCCAUCUCAACCUCACCCUCCAAAAUGCCCUCAGGUCGUCCGAACCCGCCUUUUCCGACAUCAUGGCCACCCUAAAACCCCACUUGCUCAUCUACGACGCUCUCAACCCGUGGGCCGCACCGGUAGCCGGGUCCCACGGUGUUCCCGCCGUUCGGCUCUUCACUUCUGGUGCCGCCCCAUGUUCCUACGUAAUCCACACGUUUCUCCGGGAGAGGAACGCCCAUGAUGGUGGCAAGGAGGAGGAGUACCCUGUUCCAGAGCUCGAUCGUCGUCUGAGCUUCCACGACCGAGAGAUGAUCCGGGCGAUCAUCCGUGACCAAGGGAGGAUUCGUGACCCCGAGGACAGGAACAUAAUUUUGAUGAGUACGUCGAGGGAGAUGGAGGGGAAAUAUAUUGACUAUAUGAGUCGAUUGUUUGGAGGUUGUAAGAUAUUGCCACUCGGGACCCUGGUUCGCUACGAACAAGACGACAACGACAACAACAGUUUCCACGUGGUCAUGGAAUGGUUAGGAGAAAAAGAGGAGAAGUCGACGGUGUACAUUUCUUUCGGGAGCGAGUGUUUUUUAUCUGAUGAGGAGAUACAAGAGGUUGCCUUGGGAUUAGAAGAAAGUGGAGUGGAUUUCAUAUGGGUGGUUAGGUUUCCAAAAGGUGAACAAAAAGAUCUAAAAGUGGCACUUCCAAAGGGUUUUCUUGGGAGGGUUGGGGACAGGGGGAGGGUUGGGGACAGGGGGAGGGUGGUGGAAGGGUGGGCCCCGCAGGCGAGUGUCCUGUCGCACCCAAGCAUCGGAGGAUUCAUGAGCCACUGCGGGUGGAACUCGACGAUGGAGAGCGUUGUGCAUGGCGUCCCUAUCAUAGCGAUUCCCAUGCAAUUUGAGCAGCCUAUAAAUGCCAAGCUGAUUGUGGAGAUUGGGGUUGGCGUUGAGGUCGUGAGGGAUGACCGCACCGGAAGGUUUCGCCAUGAAGACGUGUGUAGAGCCGUUAGUGGCGUCAUUCAUGGGAAAGUGGGAGACGCCGUGAGAAGGAACGUGCAAGUGAUUGGGGAAAACGUGAGAGCCAAAAGCUCGAAGGAGAUGGAAGAAGCUGUUGCUAUGCUUGCCCAACUCUCUUGUCAAAAAUGAUACAAACAUAACAUGCCCACUCAUAUGGAAGGAGUGCUUUUGAAUUGGUUCUUGAUCAUGAGUAACAAUGUGUAUGAUACAUAGUCACAUUUCACACAUUAUAAUAUACUCCCUCCGUUUGGAAAAACCCUUCCCAUUUGAUUUGGGGGCAAAAAUAAGGAAGUGUUAAAUUA